GCCCGGCCCUUCUGCAGCUUCGGCGAUGCUGCCGGGGAAAGCGGAGAAGAGGAUCGCUUCAUCGGUCUUCAUCACCCUGGUGCCACCGCGGAGGGAGGCGGCCGCCAAGGAGAAAACCCAAAGGGAGACGCAGCUGGACGGUGCCGAGGUCCCGGGCACCCAUCGCCCCCAGACCCCGCCGCCGGCUGUGUUUACUCUCCGUUGCCGUUAUCAGCGCUGUUUGUCCCCUCCGGCCGGGCUGGCGUUUGCUUUUGGGGCAGAAACCCGCCCAGCGGCCCCCGUGCCUUCGUCCCCACCUGUCCUCGUCCUCUCCGAAGCGCCCCAGCCCUUGUCCGCAGAGGCGAGCGAGCGGCUGGCCCUUGCACCCCCCGCCACGCUCCAGGCCCCUUCCGCCUUCCCCGCCGAAUUGAGGCCGCCCAAAUUUUGCCAGGAGCAAGCAGGCAAGCCGCGGUGGCAGGAUGCGAACGGGUACCCGGAGCGGGACGGCUCCAGAGGUAAGCGCUACUACCAAAAAUAUGGACGCCCCACGUGCGACGCCUGCUACCAGGCCACGCUGGAGAAAUGUGCCAAGUGCCGGGGGCUGAUCGCGGAGCGCAUUGUCCGUGCCCUGGGCAAGGGCUACCACCCCGGCUGCUUCUCCUGCGCCGCCUGCGGCCGGGCCAUCGGCGCCGAGAGCUUCGCCGUGGACGAGCGGGACGAGGGGUACUGCGUGGCCGACUUUUACAGGAAAUACGCCGUGGUCUGCAGCGCCUGCGAGCACCCCAUCGUCCCCCGCGAUGACAAGGACACCUACAAGAUCGAGUGCCUGGGACGCAGUUUCCACGAGAGCUGCUACCGCUGCGAGAGCUGCGGGACGCCGCUGUCGCCGGAGCCGACGGAGAACGGGUGCUACCCCCUGGACAACCACCUUCUCUGCAAGUCCUGCCACGUCCGCCGGCGAAACGAGUCAUCCUGCUAA